AUGGCUGAAAUUAAUACUACUACUAGUAGAUUCUAUGAAAAUAAAUAUCCUGAGGUUGACGACUUAGUUGUCGUCAAUGUCAAGGAGAUUGCGGAUAUGGGCGCAUAUGUUAAGCUUCUUGAGUAUGAUGAAAUUGAAGGAAUGAUCUUGCUCUCUGAGCUGUCCAGAAGACGUAUUCGUAGUAUUCAAAAGUUGAUUAAGGUGGGCCGUAAUGAAGUGGUUGUGGUAUUACGUGUUGACAAAGACAAGGGAUAUAUCGAUCUGUCGAAGCGAAGAGUUUCGCCUGAAGAAGCUGCCAAAUGCGAAGAAAAGUACAACAAAUCAAAAGCUGUUCACUCAAUCUUACGUCAUGUUGCUGAAAAACAUAAGAUUUCCCUAGAGACCCUAUACGAAACUCUUGGUUGGCCACUAAGUAGAAAAUAUGGUCAUGCUUACGAUGGUUUCAAGUUGGCAAUUACUAACCCCGAAACUGUCUUCGAGGGCAUUGAGCCACCAUCCAAGGAGAUUUUCGACGAUCUCAUGGGUCAGAUUUCAAGAAAACUCACCCCCAACCCUGUCAAGAUCAGAGCUGAUAUCGAGGUCACCUGCUUUGGCUACGAAGGUAUUGAUGCCGUUAAAGAGGCUCUUCGGGCCGGUGAGAGCCUACACACCGAGCAAGUUCCUGUUAAAGUUAAGCUAGUGGCUGCCCCAUUAUUUGUCUUGACUUCUACUUCGCUUGAUAAGCAAAGAGCUAUUGAAACUUUGAAUCAAGCUAUUGAUAAGAUCAGAGAGUCUGUUGUUGCCGCUGGCGGUUCUCUUAAUGUAAAGAUGGAACCCAAGGCUGUUACUGAGAACGAUGAUGCUGAGUUGGCUAAGUUGAUGGAGAAAUCCGAGGCUGAAACUAGACAAGUUUCUGGUGACGAGUAUGAAUCUGAAGAGGGUGAGGAUUUUGCAUAG